GUGGUCCAGUGCAGCUGUAUGACAACAAACAUACUUUUCAGUUCCCCGGUGCCACCGUGAUGGCUCAUCGUAAAUGUGCACUGUUGGGAGUAGCCAUUUUGGCUCUAGGUGUGGUUGGUGUUUCCACAACGUCGACGAAAUGCGAAUGUACACUUUCCGAGCGCUGCAACAUUGUUAUGGUUGACAGUGAACAGCUUAGCACCAACGCCAUGGAAUGUUCACUCGAUCCGAGCAACAUUAGCGACCUGGUGAUCAUUCGUUACAGCGACACUGUACUGAAGACGAACACGUUCGUACACUUUCCCAACCUGACGAUGCUGGAGGUUUACGAAGGAUCGAUGAUGCAGAUAGAGCCUGGUGCUUUUGCGAAAAAUCCGGAAAUUGUAAAGAUCAUCAUUCAGAACAACAAACUGGUUACUCUGGAAGACAAUACGUUCGCCGGAUUGAACAAGCUGCGCGAGCUUUCCCUGAAGUUCAACAAUCUGACAAACAUCUGUCCGGGCGCUUUUGUUGGACUUGAGAAUCUUCAACACCUGACGCUGACUGCCAAUUCGCUGAGUCAGUUGCACGAGGCUCUGUUCCAGCCAACACCGAAGCUAACGACGAUCAUUAUGUCCGAAAACAGGCUAACUAACCUACCGGCCGGACUGUUUGAUCCAUUGAGCUACGUAGCGGGACUAGAGUUGUCACACAAUCAGCUGCAAUCAUUCCAGUUCCCAAAGCUGAACGUAGAGGUGUUGUUGGUGCGGAACAACUUGUUGACCGAGGUCGCGCUCAACGAUCACAUGGUUUACUUGUUGGCGGAAAAUAAUCAAAUCUCGCGUCUUACCGGAAGUGGCGCUAACCUGACAAUGCUCAUACUCAGUGAUAACGCCAUCACGGACGUUACCCCUCUGCUCGGUAUGCAGAAACUAAAGAAGCUAUCACUCAACGGCAAUCCACUCAAGCCAACCAGUGUGUUCAAUGAUUUCGAAGCACUUUUUGAGCUGAAUCUCGGCAACACAAACAUUCAGAUAACCGACCAAACGUUUGCCAAUCUAACGCAGUUGGAGCUACUCGAUCUGUCCUCCAACGGCCUCACCCAGCUGGAUUUCCACAUGUUUUCCUCGCUCACUGAGCUCGAGGUAUUGACCGUGACGUAUAACCGAAUCGAAAAGUUUAACUUCACCGAGCUGCGCGAGAACUUGCCCAAUCUGCGUGUGCUGGAAAUAUGUUGGAACGGUUGGAAUUCAACUUACCUCAAGGCCGUCAUGAGUGACAUGCAUCAAUACCAUCUUUCGGCGGACUUGCAGCGGUUAUCCACAUUCUACCAGUUCGCGUCCCUGUUUGUCGAGAUGUGUUCUACGGGACCGAACACCAUGCCGGCAUCUGACAAAGAUGGUGGUCUUAGCGAGAAGGAUAUUAUCGAUAAGGAUUUUACCACAUCGGCACCGACUACCACGGAGAAGAUCCUGCGGACGACGAUCUCUACUAGUACUGCCGGCAGGCCUGCUGACUCCAUUCUCGCGUCCCAGGAAGAAAGAGCAACGCCCAUCAAUCUUGAUCCAGUGCGGCAGUUGGACCACAAACUUCCUUUUCAGUUCCCCGGUGCCAUCGUGAUGGCUUAUCGUAAAUGUGCACUGUUGGGAGUAGCCAUUUUGGCUCUAGGUGUGGCUGGUGUUUCCACAACGUCGACGAAAUGCGAAUGUACCCUUUCGGAGCGCUGCAACAUUGUUAUGGUUGACAGUGAACAGCUUAGCACCAACGCCAUGGAAUGUUCACUCGAUCCGAGCAACAUUAGCGACCUGGUGAUCAAUAGUUACAGCGACACCACACUGAAGACGAACGCGUUCGUACACUUCACCAACCUGACGAUGUUGCAGAUUUUUCGCGGUUCGAUGAUGCAGAUAGAACCUGGUGCUUUUGUGAAAAAUUCGGGAAUCGUAAAGAUCGUCAUUCAGCAUAACAAACUGGUUAGCCUUGAAGACAAUACGUUCGUCGAAUUGAGCAAGCUGCGCGUGCUGUCUCUGGCGUCCAACAAACUGACCAGUAUUGGUCCGGACGCUUUUGCUGGACUUGAGAAUCUUCAACACCUCCUGCUGGCACGCAAUUCUCUGAGCCAGUUGCCCGAGCCUCUGUUCCAGCCAACACCGAAGCUAACGACGAUCAUUAUGUCAGAAAACAGGCUAACUAACCUACCGGCCGGACUGUUCGAUCCAUUGAGCUACUUAUCGCGACUAGACUUGUCAUACAAUCAGCUGCAAUCAUUCCAGUUCCCAAUGCUGAACGUAGAACUGCUGCAGGUGCAGAACAACUCCUUGACCGAGGUCGCCCUAAACGACCACAUGGUUUACUUGAAGGCAGAACGCAACCACAUCUCGAGCCUUACUGGAACCGGCGCUAACCUGACAACGCUGCUACUGAAUGUUAAUGCUAUCACGGAUGUUACCCCUCUGCUCGGAAUGAAGAAACUAGAGAGGCUGUCGCUCAACGUCAAUCCACUGAGGCCAACCAGUGUGUUCAAUGAUUUCGAAGCACUCGUCCAGCUGUUGCUUCGCAACACAAACAUUCAGAUAACUGAACACACGUUUGCUAAUCUAUCGCAUUUGAAUCUACUCGAUCUCUCCUCCAACGGCCUCACCCAGCUGGAUUUCCACAUGUUUUCCUCGCUCACUGAGCUCGAGGUAUUGACCGUGACGCAUAACCGAAUAGAAAAGUUUAACUUCACCGAGCUGCGCGAGAACUUGCCCAAUCUGCGUGUGCUGGAAAUAUGUGGCAACGGUUGGAAUUCAACUUACCUCAAGGCCGUCAUGAGUGACAUGCACCAACACCAUCUUUCGGCUGACUUGUCUGGGCUGUCACAAUUUAAUCAGUUAGCGUUCGUCAAGAUGUGUUCUACGGCACCGAAUACCACGUCAGCAUCGGGCAAAGAUGACGGUCUCAGCGAGGAGGAUGUUACAGAUAAGGAUUUUCAAGAAACCUGACCUAACAUAUAUAAAUUUUUAGCGGGGUACAAUCAUGUGAUUGCAAUGCCACAGAUAGCAUAAAGCAUUAUUUAUCAGCUUCUCCGCAGCCAUCUCCACAGCCAUCAAUUCAUAGAUAAUAGAGAAUAAAGUGAUGAUUAUAUUAUUCUUUUCUUCUUCUUUUCUCUCAUAAAAGAAGUCCUUCUUCCAAGUCUUUUAGCAUGUUCGCGAAUGUCAAUAAAAUUAUGGGAGGAUCUUCACUAAACUUAGAUAAGUGGUUUUCCCGUUUGGUAUUACAUUUAACAGUUGUCUAAAUAAAUUAAAUAGACCUUCAGGGAAAAAGACAGAUAUACAGAAAUAGAUCGAGAAAGUGAACGAUCGUUUUGCAUCGUUGCAAUGAUUGCAAAAAUCAACGAAUGUUUAUUCAAUUGAUUAUACUCAGAAAUAAGAAUUAGAAAAUAUGUUAAUGAUUAGGAAAAAAACAGAGACGAGCUAAGGAUGCAUGAGUUUACCAAAGCAAAACAACAAAACAUUAAAAACAUCGUUAUCAAUUUUUGGUUAAAGCAAAUUUAAUACGGAUAUCCCUUCAAAUUCCAUUUGGAGUAACAACGCAAGCAGAAACAUGGUACAUUUAACGUAAUGUUUCAUUAAAUUGCAUCCAACCAAUUUGGAUCAGUGCUGUAUGACAUAGUGCUUGUAGAUCUCCAAAUAAUAAAGCCAAGGUAGUUGUUUUAAAUGUAAUACU